UUUGACAGUUCUCCAGGCAUUAGAGGAUGGACUGAAGAAAGCAGAUGCAGAUCCUUCAGUGAAAGCUGUUAUGAUAUGUGGCGAAAAUGGGAAAUUCAGUGCAGGAGCUGACAUUCGAGGAUUUUCUUCUCCCAAGAGACAUGGAAUUGCCUUGGGCCCCAUUGUCUCACUCAUAGAAAGGAGUGAGAAGCCUGUGGUGGCUGCCAUUGAGGGCAUUGCCUUGGGAGGAGGCCUGGAGAUAGCACUUGGCUGUCACUAUAGGAUUGCCCAUGUGAAGGCAUGGAUGGGUUUACCAGAGGUCACCAUUGGGUUACUUCCAGGGGCUGAAGGCACUCAACGACUACCCAGGCUGAUUGGGGUGCCAGCUGCCCUGGAUAUGAUCACCACAGGAAGACACAUUCCAGCAACUGAAGCACUGAAGCUGGGCUUGGUUGAUGAAGUUGUGGAAGAAAACACAGUUGAGGCAGCAAUCCACUUGGCAAACAAAGUGAUUGGCCAACCCCUGGGACCCCGGAGGCUCAGCCUGAAGGCAGUUCCAAAACUGCCCAACGUGGAAGCGUUCCUCAGCGAGGCUCUUGUGAAGGUGAAGAGGCAGGCCCGGGGCUGCCUGGCUCCAGAGCUGUGCUUCCAGGCAGUCAGGGCUGCCGCGGAGCAGCCCUUUGAGGAUGGAGUCCGGAGGGAACGGGAGCUGUUCCAGGUGCUGCUGAGCUCGGGGCAGGCCCAGGCCCUGCAGUAUGCCUUCUUUGCAGAGAGAGCAGUGCAGAGGUGGACGACACCCAGUGGAGCCUCCUGGAAGAGUGCUUCCCCACAGCCCAUCCACAAGGCAGCUGUGAUAGGGCUGGGAACAAUGGGCCGAGGCAUUGUGACUUCUCUGGUGAAGGCCAACAUCCCCGUGGUAGCCCUGGAGCAGGAUCUGGAGUGUCUGAACACAGGAAGAAAAGCUGUGAUGCUCCUUUUGGAACGUGAGGCUAUGAAAAUGGGGCAGGGUGCCCAAACCCUGGAUUUCCAUAACCCUGCACGUCUCCAGUUCACCCUGGACUUUGAUGUGUUACGUGAUGUAGAUCUAGUAAUUGAGGCUGUGUUUGAGAACAUGCCACUGAAGAAGGAAAUAUUCCACAAGCUCUCAGCCAUCUGCAAGCCAGGGGCCUUUCUGUGCACAAACACAUCAGCUCUGAACGUCGAUGAAAUAGCUUCUGCCACGAGCCGCCCGCAGCAGGUCAUUGGCACACACUUCUUCUCCCCUGCUCACGUGAUGAGGCUGUUAGAGAUCAUCUAUGGCCACCACACAUCCCCCACCACCAUUGCCACUGCUAUGCAGCUAGCCAAAACGCUGAAGAAAGUUGGAGUGGUGGUAGGGAAUUGUUUUGGGUUCGUUGGGAAUCGAAUGAUGUUUCCUUACGUACAGCAGGCAGUGUUCCUUGUAGAGGAGGGAAGCAGACCAGAAGCAGUAGAUCAGGUUCUUGAGGAUUUUGGGUUUAAGAUAGGACCUUUCCGAAUGUCUGAUCUCGCUGGGCUGGAUGUGGGCUGGAGGUCCAGAAAGGGCCAGGGCCUCACUGGAGCCUCCCUGCCUCCAGGAACGCCCGCCCGCCAGCGGCAGGGCCGCCGCUACAGCCCGCUGCCUGAUCUGCUGUGUGAGCAUGGCAGGUUUGGGCAGAAAACAGGCAAAGGCUGGUACCAGUAUGAGAAGCCUGGGGGCAGGACAGCCAGGCCAGACCCGUGGCUUCACAGCUUUCUGUCCCAGUACAGAGACACCCAUCGCAUCAAGACCCGCUACAUAGACCAGGAGGAAAUCCUGGAGAGGUGUUUGUUCUCCCUCAUCAAUGAGGGGUUUGACAUCCUGGCUGAGGGAAUAGCAUCGGGCCCAGAACACCUGGAUGUGGUUUAUAUCAAUGGCUACGGGUGGCCAAAGCACAGGGGUGGCCCCAUGUUCUAUGCUUCCACCGUUGGGCUCCCUCACGUCCUGGCUAAGCUGCAGAAAUACUCUGAGGCCCACCCUGAUGUUCCUGGGCUGCGGCCCAGUGCCCUUCUGAAAAAGCUGGUAGCUAUGGGGAACCCUCCCCUCAAAGAGUGGAUGUCCUACCUCAGCCAGCAGAGCAACAAGCUGUGA